AUGGACACUCUUCUAUCAUCUGUAGGGACAGCAAGUAAUUGGACAUCACACGAUGCGGACAGUGACGGCACGACGUGGCAAAUCAACCCUACCUCAUUUUCCUCUGACAGCCAAGGCGCAAGCACAGCACAGGAAAACUGGCUGAUAUCACCGUACAUUCCUCUCCAAGGAGCGACAGCAAUAGGCAUCCGCGGCUAUGUCAAUUUCAAAUUCUGCGACUACGCUGAUCCGGAGCUCAGCAUCGCGAACUGCAGAGUCAGCUUACAGGUAUCAGUACUGUCGGUAACAACACCCAUGGAUAACGUAAUUAACGCGUUAAGCGCUUUCAACGUCGUCGCCGAAGUCGUACCUACAAAAUACGAGGAAUUAGCCCUAGCAGACAUUGAAGACGUAGAAGUCCCUAAUUGGACGUCGAGUACGUCGGGAGUCUACCUGGCAUUCGUUGACAAAGGUACGCGGGUGACAAUCACGGAGAUGAACGUAUUCUACAAGUAUUGCGGACGCACGCUCACAAAUCUAGCCGUAUUCAACGACUCGAUGCCGUCAAGCAGCCCUCACACCGGAACAUGUGUCGAAGAUGCUACCUCACAAAUACCGCUAACGAGGAUCUGUCACGUAGAUGGAAAGUGGGAAGACUUCACCGGCGAGUGUACAUGCGACACAGAUUUCACGUCGACUUCAAUGACAUGCGACGCGCCGAAGUGCACCGACACAACGUGUAAAAACGGAGGAGUAUGUACAGACACAGAAAGCGGAGCAUUUUGCGAUUGUGAUGAGAAAUUCCUUGGUAAACGAUGCCAGUUCAGCAAAACCAUGCCCCCUGGCAAGCCCGUUAUUACUGGCUACGAUGCGGCUUCAUGCGUGAACAUUGGGGAGAAAAUAAGCCUUACGUGCACAUCAGAGGGUGGCUUCCAACCAAUAUCACUGCUAUGGUUCUGUAAUGCCGCUGGGAUAAACUCGACGUUGGUUUCCCAAAAGCGAAACACGACGACGUUACUGUACCGAGCCGAGCAGCGGCUGGAUGGAAUCGAAGCGACGGUCGGACAGCACGGAGCCCGGUACGAGUGCCGUGCGAGUAACGCGGCCAGCCACGAACCUGUCGUCUCAGACACCACCCUGCUUGUCUGCGCCGGCCCGACCACGUCGUCGAUUUCCGUGAUUCUCAAGCCGGUGGAUGCCGCUACGGGUUACGUGAACGUCAUCUGUGACGCCGAAAGCACGUAUCCGUUUACUGCACUUACGUUCGAAUGGUCAUACAACGGCGAGAGUGUACUGGGGUUAAUCGAGUAUCAUGCGGCAGGACGAAUAAGCAGCAUCACCGUAAACGCAUCAAAGUUGGCAGACGGAGGAAUAUUCACGUGUUCCGUCAAUAAUACGGCAAAUGGUAUGCAGGAAAGCGAAAAUGUACGCUACCGCGAAAGUAUUCAACAGGCAAGCGCGGCCAGCAAGACUGGUAUGAUCAUUGGUGGAGUGCUAGCAAUACUGGCUAUUGGCAUUGGACUCUAUAUAUGCUACAUGAAAAGGAAAUCAAAAAAAACCAAACAUGCUGAUGUCAAAUACCAGCACUCCAUUCCAAGACAAGAACUGUGA